AUGAGUACCGAUCAGAGGGAUCGGUUGCUCGAGGGAGUUGGCUGGAAAGCCCGAGGGGAUCGGAUUCCAGAAUUUCCGAACCCACGACCAUUUUUUCCCCGACUCAAACACUCGAUCAAGUUGAUUCCGCUUUUUGUGAGAGUCGCUCUUCAUACGUUUGUUGAGUGGUGGAAUGGACGAGAGGCUUUUAUAGACAUUUUCAAUGUGUUCCGACACUUUACCUACACAGGUGUUCCACUAGGCGGAAUUGGCAGCGGCUCCAUUGGUACCGAUUUUCGUGGCGGGUUCAAUCGUUUUUCAAUAAUCCCUGGAAUCAAAGAACAGACAGAGACGCAGAAAUGCAAUCAGUUCAUAGCAUCGGUUCACUCCAAAAAGACCUUUGAACUCAUUUACCAGUCAAUUUUGUCCUGCGCCGAGUUUCCAGCUACAGUACUACCAAAAUGGGAUUCAACUAUUCCCGCAGAGGACGUCAGAUAUCGAGGACUGUUCCCAAGAGCUUGGCAAGAAUUCCGACUUGGGACGUCGGGGAUUACUGUAGUUGUCGAACACUUGUCACCGGUUAUUCCAGAAGACUACUCGGAUUCUUCGCUUCCAUUGGCCAAUUUCGACUUCCACGUGUUCAAUGAUUCUCCAGAAGAAGUCGAGGUUUCAAUUACAAUGUCAUUCCGAAAUGGAACUGGAAAUAAGAAAUGGAAUGAUGAAAGUCUAUGCCAAAGUCACAAGGUUCAAAAAGACACUAUGGUUGUUCGCACUCUAUCCCAUACUGUAAAGGGUAUGCCAGUGACAUAUGCAAUUGGAACCGAGGAGAAAAAUGGGGCAAAAGUUACCACGUGUCUUUUUGACCCGAAUGGGACUGGUGGAAGGUUAUGGAGUGAUUUGGAAGCUUAUGGACAUCUCUCAUCCUACGAUCAUCUCCCACCAAAACCCAAAGAGCUAGGUAUCGCAGUUUGCUCCUCGUUCUUCGUUCCACCCGACGGAUCGCACACCACACAGUUUUCACUGGCCUGGUAUAUGCCACAAGUACAUUUUGGAACGGCAGAGCGGUUUUAUAACAGACGAUACUGCCGAUUUUUCAAUGGCCCCGAUGCCGAUGAGGUCGGUGCAUCCAUCUGUCGUCACGGCCUUCAGAAUAUUGAAACGUGGCAAGAAGCUAUUCGAAAAUGGCAAGACCCCAUUAUCAACGACGAGAAGUUGCCGGAAUGGUAUCGAAGCGCGAUUUUCAAUGAGCUCUAUUAUAUCGUGGAUGGCAGUACUGUAUGGUUUGAGUAUGAUCCAGAAUGGCGAACUGAUGAGAUUCUGAUUAGCGAGGAAACUGAGAAACAGUUUAAGCAGUACGGCAGAUUUGGAUACAUGGAGAGCUGGGAGUACUUCAUGAUUAAUACGUAUGAUGUUCAUUUUUAUUCGAGUUGGGCGAUUUUGAAAAAUUGGCCACAGAUUGAGAUGUCCAUGCAAAUGGAUUUUGCCGAUCAAGUGGAUCGUGUGGAUUAUGGAACUGCUACAUCUCUAGCUGACGGGGACACCAUGACCAUCAAAAGCUACGACCGAAUUCCUCACGAUAUGGGACAUCCGAGUAACCCCCAUCUCCCUUCUAUUCAAGAACAUCAUCGACUUUCAGUGGCCGACCCUUGGAUCCAUACAAACGCGUACAUUUUGCAUGAUACAGGACACUGGAAAGAUUUGAAUUUGAAGUUUGUGAUCAGUUGCUAUCGGGACUGGAAAAUGAUCGCCGAGGGGGAGGAGGAUAGUCAGGAGAUUUUAGAGUUCUUUUUGGGAAAAUGCACGAAAAUUGUGGAUGGAGCACUGGAGAAUUGGGAUAAGGAUAAGGAUGGAAUGAUUGAAAAUGACGGGUUUGCUGAUCAAACUUACGAUGUUUGGAAGAUGACUGGCACCAGCGCUUACUGUGGCUCUCUCUGGAUUGCUGCUCUCACUUCCUACAUCCAAAUGCUCAAAAGAGCCGGUAUCCCAACCAAAGAUUAUGAAGAAAAACUGCUCAUGGCCUAUGAAGCCUACACCACAAAACUAUGGAAUGGGAAAUUCUUCAAAUUCGAUGAGCUCCCAGAUAACUCCAAAAUUGUGAUGGCCGAUCAGUUGUGUGGAUUCUGGGCUCUAACAGCAAUGGAUGAGCCGAUUCAGGUGUCUGAAGGGAAAAUUCAGUCUGCGCUUGAGACGAUUUUCAAGUAUAAUGUGGAAAUGUAUGAUGGUGGGAAGUGUGGAGCGGUGAAUGGAUUCUUAGCCAGCGAACGAGUUGAUGGAUCCAGCAUCCAGAGUGAAGAAGUCUGGGCUGGCAUCACUUAUUCAUUAUCUGCGAUGAUGAUUGAAAAGGCACCCAUUUAUUUACAGGGAAUGGAUGAAAUGGCAUUCAAGACAUCUGAAGGGUUAUUCCACUCGAUUUGGAAUCGAUUCCCACUACAGUAUCAGACCCCAGAAGCCAUCACCGCUGAUGGAAUGUACAGAGCGUUGGGAUACAUGCGACCGCUUUCGAUUUGGGCCAUUCAACAUGCGUUGGACAAGAAAAAGAACAGAAAAUAA